GGCGCCCAUGGAUACAUCCGGUGGAUGAAAUAAACAGAAAAAUUAUAAACAUUUUCACUUAAUUCCUUACAAUUUGAGAUGAAUACAGAUCGCAAACGUAGAUCUAGAGUUCAAGGUGGUUGGGCUGCACCAUCAAAUGUCAGAUCUGAUAGAAACAAACCUCAAGUUCCUCAAGCUCCAGCUUGGACGGGAAAAAAUGUUGAUCAAGUCCAGCAACAUACUGAAAAGAAAUUCAUGUUCCAAGAAUCUGAAGAGGAAGUCAGACAAAAGCCAGUUGAAAAGGUUAUAACGAAGCCUGGUGUGUGUGAUCUAAGUACAGAACCUUCAGGAGUAUCAAGGAUACGAUUCUUUCCGAAUUUUCUGGAUCCUAUUGAGGCUGAUGCAAUAUACAAUGACUUGUAUCAUGAAGUCCCUUGGCGACAAAGGUCAGAUUUUAAAAAUGGAGAGACAUUCCUGCAGCCACGACUAACAGCUUGGUAUGGAGAUUUUCCUUAUUCUUACUCGGGUGUGAGACAUGAAGCUAAUGUAGAGUGGCAUUCAACCUUGAAGAUGUUAAAGGACAGAUUAGAGGAAGUUACAGGACUGAAAUUCAAUUCAAUGUUAGCUAACAUGUACCGUGAUGGACAUGAUUCAGUGGCUUGGCAUUCAGACGAUGAGCAGACAUUAGGCCCUGAACCAACGAUAGCUUCUUUAUCUUUUGGUGAUAGCAGAAAUUUUGAGCUGAGAAAGAAACCUCCUGUUGGUUCAGAUGACUACACCUAUAUGCAACAUGCCAAAAUACCUUUGACUCAUGGUUCUUUGUUAAUAAUGGAAGGGGCAACACAGGCAGAUUGGCAACAUAGAAUUCCUAGAGAAUAUCAUGACAGAGGUCCAAGAAUUAAUUUGACAUACAGAGUUAUUUUUCCUGAAUGAGUAUUUGUAUUUACCAGGCGACUAUUUAAUUAUACUUGUUAUUAUCAGAUUUUAAAAUGUGCUUUUAUUUUAAUGAAAUAAAUUUUAUCAAUUUUUGUUAUCCAUUAUAUAUUUAAUGAGUCAGUAUUUUAAAAUAUAUAUCAAGAAACAUAUCACAAAGGCUUGUUAUUUACAGUUAUUUCAUCUCAUGCAACCAUUUUGAAUGAAAAAAUCUACUCAAGGUAGAGAAAAUAGUCCAGUUAAAAUAACUUAGAACGAAAUUAUAAAAAGCUAUUUUUCUUGUCCCAAUUUGUGGAAUUUUAUGAAGAAAAAUAGGUCAUGUCUAGAGAAAAUUAACGUUUUAAAUUCAGUGAUUAAAAAACACUAAAGUUCUAAAAUAUUUGUCAGAUAACUUCUAUGCCCACACUGGGAAUUACAAUGUUUAACAGAUUUCCUUUUUGUUCUGUUAUUUUAAUGGUAAAGUGUGUUCAUUUUAAAUAUUUGUUUAAUCGAAAUGUAAUUGAUGUGUAUGUCAAAUUUAAUGAGUUUUUUUAUGUGGUUAUGAUAAGAAAAAUGUAUAUAUUUGUAAAUUAUCUAAAUUAAACAUAUUAUAGUUUGGAUAAUAGUGCCAAAGUAUAUAAUGUAAAUUCAGAAAUUAUUGCUAUUAUAUUUAUUUGAAUUAUUGCAAUGUUUCAAUGAUUGUGAAAAGUUGGUCAGUAUGUUCAUCUCAUUGUAUCAAUAUAAACACACAUUUUGAUUUUUAUUGGUAGUGUUCUAAUAUAGAGCUAGUUAUGCCCCAUUUCGGUCUGUGCGUCUGUUCGUUCGUCUGUCUGUCUGUCCGUCUAUUCCCGCUUCAGGUUAAAGUUUUUGUCUUUCACGUUAAAGUUUUUUUCUUUCAGGUUAAAGUUUUUGGUCAAGGUAGUUUUUGAUGAAGUUGAAGUCCAAUCAACUUGAAACUUAGUACACAUGUUCCCUAUGAUAUGAUCUUUCUAAUUUUUAUGCCAAAUUAGAGUUUUGACCCCAAUUUCACGGUCCACUGAACAUGAAAAUGAUAGUGCGAGUGGGGCAUCCAUGUACUAUGGACACAUUCUUGUUUUUUUAUCAAAAUGAUAAAUUCUUCAUUUAGAAUGGUCGUCAUUGAGUCCCAAUAAUAAAUGCUCAUGAUAAUUUACAAUAUUAUAUGAACUAACAGUUGAUAAGUAUUUUCUGUUCUUGUUUUCUUGUUUCCUUAUUUAUUCUGUCAACAGUAUUAAAUUAUUAAGUUAAUAUUCAUAUGUUAUUUUAAUAGAUAUUUUGACAAGAAACUGGAUUUGUUGAACAUUAAUAUGGGGGUUUCCAUCCUUUGAUACUAAUUGCUGCUUCAAAGUAAAUGUCUUUAAUUUGAUCUUCAAAUUGUUUUUCUUUUUGAUUUUUUUAUUAAUAUUUUAGGCCUUUACAUCAUGAUAAAAACAAAGUUAUUUUAUUAUUAUGUGAUUGUUCUUAAUUUAAAAACUAAAUCCAUAAUAUAAAUUAUUAAUGCUAAGUUAACCUAUAUAUAAAAACAGAAAAAGAUACCAAAAAUUCAAAGUAAGACAGACAAUCAGCAGCCCACACAAUUCUGUGCAGAACACUAUAGAUGAGGGUCUGGAUGGGGUUUACAGAAUAAAGAAUAAUAGGUAAAAAGAACAGAAUAAAGGAAUAAAUAAUAAAGAAUAGAGAAUAAUGGGAUGCUUAUUUCUGCUCCACUUGUUUUGCUCAUGGCAAGUUAAAUCCAGUGAUUGGUUGCAUUCAGUCAUACCAUGAACAAUCUAAAUUCAAAAUAGAAAACUGUUGUCAUGAUGAUGUACAUGUAUAUAAAAAUCUUGAUGAGAAUUGCUCCAAUAUUCUACCACUUUAAAGGCAUUUCCUUCUUCAGAAAAAUCAUGGUCUUAUAAUAAUGGCAAUCAUUGGUGAAAGAGAGGCGAAAGAUACCAAAGGGACAUUCAAACUCAUAAGUGGAAAUUAACUGACAACGCCAUGGCUAAAAAAGAAAAAGACAAACAUAAAAAACUAAACACUGAGCAACGCAAACCCCACCAAAAAUGGGGGUGAUCUCAGGUGCUCCGAAAGGGUAAGCAGAUCCUGUUCCACAGGUGGCACCCGUCGUGUUGCUCAUGUUAGGUUCAUGUGAAGGUUUGAAUAAGAAAGCUAUUGGCAAUUAAUCUAAAUGUAAUACACAAUCAACCAUUUACCCCUACAAAAUGGCAGCCAAGGGAAAUAAAUCCAAACUCAAAUUAUUUCAUAUCAAAACCUAUCUUGAUGUAUAAACAAGUUUAUAGUUGUGUAACAAACAAGGAUAUGUAAUGAAAUGUUGUGAAAGGUAUUUUUUUUUCCUUUUUGUAUCAUAUACUUGUUUAAAAAAUGAUUACUUUAAAUAUAUUUUCAAUGUAAACUGUUUCACCCUUUUAUAAGAAAGGUGCAUUUUAUUGUAUAUUUUAAUGCCAUGCAGCAGGGGACAUUAUGUUUUCCAGUCUCUGUAAUCCUAUAGGGUUAGAGUUUUGGUAUUUGGUAGUUUAACACACAGUUGUGUUGUGGUCACAUUAACUUAACACAAAGGACUCAUGUUCAUUUUUAUGUGAACUUUUUGAAAUUUGUGCUUAACCACGGUUUCCAGCUUUUUUAGGUUGUUAAAGAAUUCUGUUCUAAUGCAUUUAUAUCUAUAUGUGUAUUUAAAUUUGCAUCUGUGAGAAUGAUGAAUGUAAUAUAUCUGAAUGAUAAAUGAAAUAUAUUUUGUUUAUAUGCAAAGGUAUUUUUAUGUAUUUGAAUGUUUGAAUGUAUAUUUUGUCAAUUACCAAAAGUCAUAUAUGUUAAAAAUUUUAAGUUUACUUUUCUAGAUUGACUUAUAGUUUUAAGGUGAAGGAAUUUGCUGUGCAAACAUGUUUUUAUUAUGGGUUUUUUCAUUGUGUUCUCUCUUUCUUGUUAGCUAAGUCACACUCUUUAUGAUAAAAUUGUUACCUCUG